AUGCUUCACCGCAUGGGGGCAUUGGCUGGUGCUGAUGAUUUCAAAAGCAGCAAGACGACUUCUUUAAUUGCUGGUACAUGGUCUAAACCCACAUCUUGCGGAGUACAGCAACAACGCUUCUAUUGCUCGCCUGAGAACCGCGGACAGCCUAUACGCCCAGGGCCUGGAUCUCCGGCUCGAGGAUCGCAGUUUGUUAUUUGGGUAGCUAGCCAGCCUACUGGAAUUUUGACCGGAACCGACUACCAUAUCCCCGCGACAGACCCCUCUCGAAGGAUCAUUCCACGACAUCCAGAGGACGGUGAAUAA